CAGCCCCGGGUCCGCCUCCCGGGGACUCCCCUGCGCGGGGCUUCCCCGAUUCCUCCGGGCGGCGACGGGAGCCGGGGAGCUCGCUUGGAGGGAGCGCUUACGAGGCGCCAGGCGCAGUGCCAAGCGCUCCGAGGCGGGUUUUCCACUUGAACAACCCCCCAUUCUCGAGAGGAGGAAACUGAGGUGCAGCGCGGUCGAGAGCCAUGUGCUCAAGGUCACAGCCUGAGAAUGUGACCGGGCUGUCCCGGUCGGAGCCGCGCCCCGGGCGACCUCGUCCCCUCCCUCGACGACGACACCUGCAGGCUCUUAACCUCGCUCCGGUUCCCUCCCUCCUCCCUCUGCGUGCCCCGGGGAUCCCUGCUUCCUCGCGUGCUCCUGGCUGCGGGAUUCCGAGCAGACGGGCGUGAGCCUCGCCGCCGCGGUCGGUCGUGACCCGAUCUCCACGACUCGCGCGGCGAGGACUGCUGCUGGCCUGGUGACAGCAGCUCUCGCACUGCGUUCUCCCAAACUGAUCUUACGCACUUGAGGUCGCUUGGGGUGGCAGAAAGUGUCCUUGACCCAAAAUAGAAUGGCCGUCGGACCUGCUUGUAGACUGCUGCGGGAAAGCUUUGAGAACUGGGCGAAGCCUGCCAGGCCACAGGUGCUUCCUGAGGUGCUUCGGGAGGCCUGUUGGGCUGGGAGGCUAGGCAGAGGGCUUGCACAAAGAGCUGAGCGUCAUUUACAGGCGAUCGAAACUUUAUCAUAUGUGUGUAUUUUGGAGGCAAUCGUAGGCUGCUAAAACUAUUUUCGGAAGUGAAGUCCUUCCUUUGAAAUCGAAGGGCAUGCUGUCAUUGAACUGAGAUUUAAAUGUCACUUUGGUUUCAUUUCUCAGGUGAGAUUGAGGUGGGUUCCUUUAAGUUUCCUAUGCUGGGGCAAAGUUUGGCAUGGGAACAAAUAAUUCUGUGAGUUUUUUUAUGACUAAUUAUUUUUCAAUCUGAUCUUCGAAUAACUGCCUAGUAGCUUUGAUUCUAGGACACGCAGUGUUUGCGGACGUGGGACUAGAAAAGUUCUCGUUUUAAUUUAUCAAUGACCCCAUUACCUGUAUUGAAAAAAAAUCAUUUUGCGUUCAGGCAACAUUGUUGCCGUUAACUUUUGAGAAAGAGAGGGGGAGAACUUAGAAGGUCGGGGUGGUGCAAAUUGAAACUGUACAAAAAAUAAGUUUGAUGCCUUUUUUUAAGGGUUGUCAGUAGCUGUCUUUUUCUGUUACAUUUAGAAGAGGUUCAUUCAGUGAGCUUGGGGGUGCUGUUUUUAAGUUGCAGUCAUAGUGCAGUAGGAUAGGGGAUAAUGGGCCCCUAAGAUUCACCUUCUAAAUAUGCUUAUAAUGUCGGUCGUUGUGAAAGAUCUGUGAUUUGAUCAAUGAUUUUGAUCCCUAUGUUAAAACUUGAUUUUUAAAGCUUUAAGAAAGCUGCCUUCGUAGUGGAGUUGGGUAUUUACAAGGAUAUGGGAAAUUUUGGUCCUAUUCAUUCUAAAAACAGCAUAAGCAUAAUUUCUUGCUCCGAUGUGGUGGCAGAAACCCAGCCUUCUUUGAGGUUCAGCUUUGCCACUUAGUAGCUGUGGUUCGUGGUCCUCGCCAGAGCCUGUCUUGAGUCUAAUUUUCUUUACCCAGACUGGAGGAUGGAGGGGGUGGGCCUGACCCUUCAGGACUGUAGCUUCUGACCAUCACAUCCUAUUUUCCUUUUGUUUUGAAAAGAUGCACCCUUUGUUAUUUUGCAUCUCAAAUAACAGGCAUUACUUUCUUUCUCAUUAACAGUUAGCUUCUGUAGAUUUCUUCUGUUAUUUGGCACUAAAGCAGCAGUUCUUUUUUUUUUUUUUUUUUUAAGAUUCAUUUAUUUAUCUGAAAGGCAGAGAGAGAGAGGUCUUCCAUCUGCUGGUUUACUUCCCAGAUGGUCACAAUGGCUGGAGCGGCUGGAGUUGCGCUGAUCCGAAGCCAGGAGCUUCUUCCAGACCUCCACAUGGGUGCAGGGGCCCAAGGACCUGGUCACCUGCUGCUCUCCCAGGCCACAGCAGAGAGCUGGAUCGGGAGUGGAGCAGCCGGGAUUGGAACCUUUGCCCAUAUGGGAUGCCGGCACUGCAGGCGGCAGCUUUACCCUCUAUGCCACGAGUGCUGGUCUCCAACAGUUCUUUUUUUAUUUAUUUUUUUUAUUUUUGACAGGUAGAGUUAGUGAGAGAGAGACAGAGAGAAAGGUCUUCCUUCCGUUGGUUCACUCCGGCGCUGCGCUGAUCUGAAGCCAGGAGCCAGGUGCUUCCUUCUGGUCUCCCAUGUGGGUGCAGGGCCCAAGCACUUGGGCCAUCCUCCACUGCCCUCCCGGGCCACAGCAGAGAGCUGGACUGGAAGAGGAGCUACCGGGACUAGAACCCAGCACCCAUAUGGGUUGCCGGUGCCACAGGCAGAGGAUUAACCAAGUGAGCCACGUCGCCGGCCCCCCUCCCAAUGGUUCUUAACUUACCUUGGUUCACAGCUUCUGAGGAUGUUUGUCCAAAGGCUCUCUCCCCAGAAAAAUGCACAGACAUAAAAGAGUGCCUAGGCUUUCAAGGAUCUCACUGACCCCACACUGUUCCUCUGUGUGCCUGCUGCAGACUUAAACCCAGCUCUGGGGCAGGGGUGUGGCACAGCAGUUAAGACACCACUUGGGUGCCCAUAUCCCACAUUGGAGUGCUUGAGUUUGAGUCCUGGCUCCAUUUUCUGAUUCUGUAAUGUGCACCAUGAGAGGCAGCAGAUAACAGCUCAAGUAACUGGAUUCCUGCCAGCCACAUAGGAGACAUGGAUUGAGUUCCAGGCUCCUGGUUUCUGCCUAACCCAGCCUCAGCUCUUGUGGGCAUUUGAGGAGUGAACCAGCAGCUGGGAGAUCUCUGUGUUACUUCGCUGCCUCCCUGACUUAAAAAAAAAAAAAAAUCCCCAGAUCUGUACCCUUCCUGAAAAGAAUGCCAUGAGGCACAGCAGUCAGAUGGCUGCUUAUGUGACCAUGGGGGUAGUCAUCAGCCACAUUUGACAAAGGUCACACACAUAGGUGUAAAUGGGGGAGUGGGCACAGGAAGACACAAGUUCUCCAGGACUGUCCUGUUGUGGCGGACGCUCUUCUGGAAAGCUGUCUGGGAGACACCUGAAACAACUUCGCAGGUUAGUCUCAUUUCAUCCUUGGCUGCCAUGGGUCGGUUCAUACUAUGGUCACUUGUUUUUUUUUGUUUUGUUUUGUUUUGUUUUUUUUGACAGGCAGAGUGGACAGUGAGAGAGACAGAAAUGUGGGGAGCAAACCGGACUAGACUGAGUUACUGGAAUUAAGACUUAUUCUAUGGAUCUGCUCUCCCACAAUAUGGCGCUGGGAGAGAAGUAAACAGCUUCUACACAGCUGCCUCCAGUUCAACCAAUAAACUGUAGGACUUGCUACUGAUUGGAGGAGAGCAGCGUACUCGGCGUGUGGGCAGCCGAGUUGGGAUUGGCGGAGGAGGACUAUAAAGGAGGAGAGAGACGGCAUGCACCAGGAACAUCUAAGGGAAACAUCUAAGGGAACACCUGUGCAGCCCCCGAGAAAGCCGGCCGGCGGUGUGCCGCUCCCCUGCGGAAGUGGGGAAUGUGGCCAGGGGGAACUGCCCUUCCACGGAGGUGGAAGGGAUAGUAGCCAACCCGGGAAGAACCAGCAGCAAACCCGGGGAGGGCCGAGCAGACGAAAGAACAGCGCAGGGUCCUGUGUCGUUCCUCCACGAAGAGGGGGAGCGACACAGAAAGGUCUUGCUUUUGCCAUUGGUUCACCCUCCAAUGGCCGCCACAGCCAGUGCACCGCGCCGAUCCAAUGGCAGGAGCCAGGUGCUUCUCCUGGUCUCCCAUGGGGUACAGGGCCCAAGGACUUGGGCCAUCCUCCACUGCACUCCCUGGCCACAGCAAAGAGCUGGCCUGGAAGAGGGGCAACCGGGACAGAAUGCGUCGCCCUGACCGGUACUAGAACCCGGUGUGCCGGCGCUGCAAGGCGGAGGAUUAGCCUAAGUGACUUGUCUUAUUGUCACCGUCUCAUCACAGGCUGCUCUGAUUAAUCUGCUAUAAUAGAGGUGAUAAGUCUGAGUUUUUUUUCCUUUUUAUUAAAAUUUAUUUGUUUAUUUGAAGGCAGGGUUACAGAGAGAGAGAGAGAACGUCUUCCAUUCACUGGUUCACUCUCCAAAUGGCUGCAAAGGCUGGAGCUAGGCCUAUCCCAAACCAGGAGCCAGGAGCUUCCUCCAGGUCUCCCACGCGGAUGCAGGGGCCCAAGGGCUUGGGCCAGCUUCCACUGCUUUCCCAGGCCAUCGCAGAGAGCUGGAUGGAAAGUGGAGCAGCUGGGACUAGAACCGGCGCCCAUAUGAGAUGCCGUCAUUGCUGGUGGUGGCUUUACGCGCUGUGCCACAGCACUAGCCCCAUGAGGGUUGCGGAUGGUGUAGGAGGAUGGAGAGACUAUGGAGUGGAUCCGUCCCAGUUCUCAGGGACGCUGAUGCGUACAUGUGAACGCCUAGUGAAGGAAGGACGCUUUGUACCCAGCAAUCCCAUCGGAAUUCUCACCGCGAGCUACUGUGAGUUGCUGCAGAACAAAGUACCUUUGCUUGGUAGCAGCACGGCCUGCAUCGUGGUGCUGGACAGAACUAGCCACCGCUUACACACAGCGAACCUGGGCGAUUCUGGCUUCCUGGUUGUCCGGGGUGGUGAAGUUGUGCACCGGUCGGAUGAGCAGCAGCAUUACUUCAACACUCCAUUCCAGCUCUCGAUUGCUCCCCCGGAAGCAGAGGGCGUUGUCUUGAGUGACAGCCCGGAUGCUGCUGACAGCACGUCUUUCGACGUCCAGUUGGGCGACAUUAUCCUGACGGCCACAGACGGACUCUUUGACAACAUGCCUGAUUACAUGAUCCUUCAGGAGCUGAAGAAGCUGAAGAAUUCAAACUACGAGAGUAUACAGCAGACGGCACGAAGCAUUGCUGAGCAAGCUCACGAGCUGGCAUAUGACCCAAAUUACAUGUCACCUUUUGCACAGUUUGCAUGUGACAACGGACUGAAUGUGAGAGGUGGGAAGCCAGAUGACAUCACCGUCCUCCUGUCAAUAGUGGCCGAGUACACAGACUGACUCCGAGGGGCCGGCCUCUGCCUUUCCUGCUGUCGUCCAGUGUUCCCUGCCGUGUGUGCUGAUCCUGCUGGCGGGACUGCGUCUUUGCCACUGAUCUCCACGGCCAGUGAUGAGCCUGUGCCUGUCUCCUGAGACCCGUCGAGAUCUUUGUUGAGAACCACUGCUGUCACUCACCAGCUCACGCCUGCCGGCGGCAGCUGCAAGGGGGUUCCGACCUGACGGUGGGCCUUCUCGUGGAGUUCCCACAGCCUGGUACUUUUACAGAGGCUGUUACUUUUCAAAAGCAGCUGAAGUUUUGAAAGUGAGUAAUGUUGGUAAAGUGAGUUCAAAAUUAGUGUGUUAAAGGGAUUCUAGGUCUUACACAGAUCGCAUUGUAAUGAUACAUUUAGAAAACUUCUACACCGUUCGUGAGAAGUGUCACUGUGUCCUCCGGCCAUACUCUGUCCCGAUGACUGGCUGUGGCUUUCUGCUCAUUGUAGACUCCUAUUUUUCAGGAGCUUAUAACUGCUCUAAAACGUUGCUGUGGGUUGUAACAUCUUGAUCCCGACAGCAUUUGUGUUACCGAUUGAAAGGAAAAUUCAUUUUAGUUCUAUGGAUGCAAAUAUUUUGUGCUUUUAAAAAGAUGCUUACUGUGUUCCUGUGACUAAAGUCUUGGCAGUUUGUAGAUUAGUCCAAACCACAGGCUGAUGGCCGACAGCGAGGGGUGGGGAAGCCUCCUCCCUCAGAGCCUCUGCUGAGCUUCCUGCCCGGCUGUCUGAUAAUGUGGGAGUUGCAGGUGCAGUGGGUGGGAACGGCCAACUGUAACUUUGGCUUUGGUUGGCUUCUGAUGGUCGUGCCACCCAGUCUUCCUCAGACCUCUGACUAGGAGCUUUGCUUUCUCUAGAGUGUGCGCCAAAGUCAGCGAGUCCACGUGGCGGCAGCAUGGAAGUCCACGAGGAAAACUCCUAGGGAGGAUCUGACAUUCGCAGUUGCCCGCAGCAGAAGUUUAGGGGUUUCUGAAUCGAGCUUAAUGUUUACAGUUUCCGAAUAGCCAUUCUGCAGCGUGUAGUCCCUUACAAAACCACCCCACAUCCGGUUUUCCCAUGAUCUGCAAGCUCAGACUUAUUUUAAGGUUUGUGUACACGUUGACUGCUGUAAAGAGAUAUAUUUUUGGGUCAGUUUUUUCCCUUCAUUAACUUGGUGGUAGAAAAAUAUAUAUAUGUAGAAAUCCUUAAAUUAAAGCCAUGUUUUAUACAUAUGAGUCAGGUAACGCUGGUGUGUAGAUGGGAAUGCAAUGGAACCUGAUAUGAAUCUACUGGCGGGGAACUGAGCAAGGCUUCUCUCGAGGAGAUGCUGACUCCCUGGGUCGUUGCAUUCACACUUACGUUUGAGGUUACCUCAACUUGUUUUAAAAGAUUUUGUUUUGUGAAUUUGUACUGUAUAUUUGAGUAACUGUCGAGCUUUUGUUUUAUUUAAAAUUGUUUAACAUGUACCAUGUACAUGUCAUUACUAUAUUUCAGUGCAUCAUGCUUGUAACAGGCAUUUCAUUUAUAAGAAUGAGUUAUUCAUUUGUAAGCCGUUCAGUAAUUUAUCUACUAUUCCUAAAUUGACGUAAUGUUAGGUGUGUAUUUUGAAUCAUCUUUAAUUACAUGUCAGAAUGCCUUAACUACCCUAACUUGACAAAAGAGAAUUCUUCGGGAGAGAAGGGGGGUGGGGUGCGGGAGGAGACCGCGUGAGGGCAGUCCUCACGCCAGGGGGAGGGCAGCGUGAGCGGCGGUGCGGGGUUUAUUUUGCACAUACUAUUUGCAGUCUCGGUGUAUUUAGAAAGUAAAGAAAGUUGCAUGCGGAAGGGUUUUGUUAGAAGGAACACCUUUAAACUCGGACUGGUGACUUCAGCUUUUUUUAGUAGGUUUUUAAUUAUUUUUGGUCAGAGGUACGCAGCCUUAUGAUCUGGAUAUAUUUUGCAUUAAUUUUCCAAUGCCUACAUUUAAUUAGUGGUAAGAGAGCAGUGUUGGUCAAGUUACUGGCUUUGCUCUGCUCUCAUUUAACCCAUCGAACACAAUCUUCCUAAAGCUAGAUUGGUGGUUUCUACAACUCACUUAAUCAAGCUUACUUUUUAAAGAAAUGAUUGUUGGAAAACGGCAAUGUGUCUUUCUGUUCCAGUGACACUGAAAAAGUGGGACAAGAAUUGAGUUGCACGGUGGAAUUGACCUUGAACCUGGCCUGUAGAUUAGUGACAUAGAGUAUUUUCUCUGUUUUAUUUCGGCCCCCUGUCCUUUUUGUGUUAUGCACUUAAUUUUAUGACUGCAAGGGAUGGGUGGGAGUGCUGUUUACAAGUAACUCUCCUGCUCUCGGUGGCCAGAGGCUAUGUGGGACCCACAGAAUUUUCCCAGGUCACAGACCCAAGCUUCCACGGCGUGACAGAGCUACACCACUUGGCGGCUGUGAUUCUGAACUCAGUGUGUGUGUCAAUUGUGUUUUCAAGCAAGCAGUGUAAACACACACAUUUGCCUCACAUAAUGGACUUUUAUAACAAAAGAGAAAAUCUGGAUUUCUAAUUUACAAAUGGCAAAUUAUCUAUCCCUCUGGAUGCACCAAAGACCAGUAAAGUUUAUAGCUUUUCCAUCUAUAUUUAUAAAGCAAUACUGUAUUAUAAAAAAAUCAAUAUUUUUAUCACAUGCUUGAAAUUUUUAUUUUGUUCUGUUUUAAAAUGUGCACUCUAAACAUAUCAGAACCUUAUUUCUUCCUAUGAACUUAAGCUGCCUGCGCACAAAAACAAAAUUUACCAAAUGGAGAUGAAGUAGAGUCCCUAGGCUCUUAAAAACGGAGAGAAGAAAUGAAGGGGAAAACAAGCGAUUUGUCCUGAUUACUGGACUCACUUGACAUGGUUGAUGGGUACUCAAUCACAAAGAAUCCAUUCCAGGUGUGCAUGUCUGGGGGCUGGGCUCUGUCUAGAUUAGAAACUCAAAUUUCAAGCCUUGCGUGAUGGCAGUGUGCCGUCGCCCGUCAGCGGCCGCGGGACGGGAAUCACUCAGUGCCACCAGCCCGCCACACCAAGGAACACCGCAGGAGGGGAGAAGUUUGGAGUGGUUUUGGAGACUGUGAACAGGACUGGCUGGAACUGUAAAUGUCUGUACUUUUGGAUGAGUUCAAGGUUCCUUGACACCUUAUACCAGCUAUCUUUGGUGGAAGCCACGGCAUUCAGUUUCUCUGGAAACUGUAUCACGUUUUUGCACUUAACAAGUUUUACAGAUUCCAAACAAAUCUGCUUAGAAAACAAAGCAUAAAAAAUAAAACAAAGCAUAGAAGCAGAAAGUAUUUGGAUUCAAUUUGUAAAAAUAUUUGCAAAAUUCAACUUCUCAAGAGUGUCCAUGUCAACAUUUUAACGUAGCAGGUAGUUUGUGGCAAAGAUGGCUAAAUAAUGAAGCCAGUUGGAGUCUGUGUACUAAUGAGCUGCUUUUUUCUGUUGAGACUAUCAUUACUUGUCUUACCCAAGAGGCAAUUACCUGAAUUGGAUGUCUGAAAUAUUAUAACUUAUGCAGGAAUAGUUCUGUAAAUACAUUUAAAUAAACUGUAAAGAUAUUUAAUAAAUAAUAGUAUUUAUACUAA